GAGCUAACUGACAUGACUCUGUGAAAGUAAAUCACUUCUCUGGGAACAAGGGGGAUUCCUGCAUAUUGUUUCUCUGGAUUUUUGUCUGCAGCUUCCUACUGAGUAUUACAGUGGAUUUUUUAUAAUAGUUAACGAAGGAUGGAAUUCCAAAGCAGAGCUCACUCCUAUCUGAUUCCAGAGACUGAAGACGCUCCUCACAAGGUCCCUCAGGAUGCCUACGAUAUCAGAGGAAAUGAAGGCGAAAAACCAGUGUCAAAAUUACAGCGUAGGCACAGUGAAAUAAAAGUAUACAAAGAGUUUUGUGACUUUUAUGCAAGAUCCAAUAUGGCAAAUGCUCUUGCAAAUGCCAUCUGUGAGCGCUGUAGAGGAGGCUUCGCACCUGCUGAGAAAAUCGUUAACAGCAACGGUGAACUGUACCAUGAGCAGUGUUUUGUGUGUGCCCAGUGCUUUCAGCAGUUCCCUGAAGGGCUCUUCUAUGAGUUUGAAGGAAGGAAAUACUGUGAACAUGAUUUUCAGAUGCUUUUUGCCCCUUGCUGCCAUCAGUGUGGUGAGUUCAUUAUUGGUCGUGUUAUUAAAGCCAUGAACAAUAGCUGGCAUCCAGAAUGCUUCUGCUGUGAUAUUUGCCAACAAGUGCUGGCUGAUAUUGGAUUUGUCAAGAAUGCUGGCAGGCAUCUUUGCCGCCCUUGUCACAACCGGGAAAAAGCGAGGGGCUUGGGGAAAUACAUUUGCCAGAAGUGCCAUGCUAUUAUUGAUGAACAGCCUCUCAUCUUCAAGAAUGAUCCUUACCAUCCAGAUCACUUCAACUGUGCCAACUGCGGGAAGGAACUUAGUGCUGAUGCCCGUGAGUUGAAGGGAGAAUUAUAUUGCUUGCCUUGCCAUGAUAAAAUGGGUGUUCCUAUCUGUGGAGCAUGUAGAAGACCAAUUGAAGGACGUGUGGUGAAUGCUAUGGGCAAACAGUGGCAUGUGGAGCAUUUUGUUUGCGCAAAGUGUGAAAAGCCAUUCCUUGGUCAUCGUCACUAUGAGAGGAAGGGCUUGGCAUAUUGUGAAACCCACUACAAUCAGCUGUUUGGCGAUGUUUGUUUCCACUGUAAUCGUGUGAUUGAAGGAGAUGUUGUCUCUGCUCUGAAUAAGGCAUGGUGUGUCAACUGUUUCUCUUGUUCCACUUGCAACACUAAAUUAACACUCAAGAACAAGUUUGUUGAGUUUGAUAUGAAGCCUGUCUGCAAGAAGUGCUAUGAGAAGUUUCCCUUGGAACUGAAGAAGAGACUGAAGAAACUAGCUGAAACUUUAGGGAGGAAGUAAAGAUACCAAAAAUCUCAUUUUCUGUGCAAAAAUGAGAAGCUGUUAACAAUGUUAUUUGAUUUUUAUUUCAUUUGAGGCUGCAAUCAGUAAAACACAAGCAAAGAGAAUGAGUUUCCCUGCUGCAUGAUUAGCUUCAUACUAAAGUUCUUGCCUCUUACCUCCCUCAAAACAUAUGUCUAGAACACUCUGAUACUUUAUGUAAACUUCAUAACUAGCAAAAACUAAAUAUAUCUUAAAUUUUCUAUUUGCCACUUGCGGUUAUAUCUGUCUGUUGCUAUGUAGCUUAUAUUCACAUACUAAAUGAGUUAUCAGUUCAUGAGAGAGACUGGUGGCUCUGUAGUUGGACUCCUAGUUAGAACCUGUUGCCCACCCACUGAUGUUAGGUGGGGAUACUGUAUAGACAUAAGAUCUGCUAGUACUUCACUGCAAAGACUUUAAAAAUGCGCAUAACUUUAUGUACAUGAAUAGUUCCUUUAAAGUCCUCGGUACUAUUUGUGUGUAUAAAAUUAAUCGUGUGUAAGUCUUUGAAUGACUCAGGUCUAAAUCUGUAAUUUAUCACUUUCUUGGGAUCUGUUCAUUCUUUAGAUUCUGAUCAAAGUACACUUAGAAAAGCCUUACUUUUUAACUGUCUCUGAAACAACUGUCAAUCUAACUGUAAUUAACGCAGAAGGUAUAUUGCCUUAACUAGAUUAAACUUAUUAAUGUUUGUACAUCAGACUUCAAAAGUGGAAACAGCAACAUAAGAAAUAUAUUCCUGUUGCAAGAAAUGAGCAUAUUCAGAACUACUUGAAUUUUGCUAUGUUCAGUUUAAAACAAUGCAGUAACUUCUGUGAGUGUUUUGUAUUUUAUUUCCUUUUUGUGCCUUAUUCUGCUGGACCUUAAUAAUGUUUAAAAAUGAUCCAUUAAAUAUAUAUGCAAUUUUAUUUCAUAUUUUUAUGCAGAAAAUGUAUGCCAGGUAUUUCAAAAGAUAACAUGCUUUAACUGUACCAGAUGUCUGAAGUAUUCUUUUUUUUCCAAAUGUGAACACUUGAGGUUUUAAAAAUACAUUACAUUGCUUUGUGGAAUAAGUAAUUUUUAGAUGAGCACAUGAAACAUUUAUCUGUUAUUUGGGAAUGUUACAUUUAUAUCACAGAGCUCAAGGAUAAAAAGUCAAUCCUGUUAAGUGCUCAGCAUCUUUAAAUUUUAUUGAAUCCUUGGAGGACUGAGCCCAAAUCAAUCAAAAUUUCCAAUAACAAGCAUUAGAUUCAUUUAUAGCCAUACAGAAUAUAGUUAAUUUCCUUCCUUUUAAAAAGUGCAAUGGAUUAAACAUCUAUCAGAAAUUGCCUGUGAUAAUACAUUACCAAAUAUGGCAAACUAAUUUAACAAAAACACUAACCCUUUCUCUUUUAAUAUGACAACCUUAACAGAUUCUGAUGGAUUAUGCAUUACCAACUGCAGUCUCAUAAAAUGUCUAAGAACAAUUACCCCUUAGUUGGUUUAAACUUUCCAGUGCAGUCACUAAAGGUUAUGAAAUUUACUUGUCUCACCUCUUAAAGGGAUAUUCAAGGUGAAGAGGAAGACACAAUUCUCUCUUCCAUUUGCCACACUGCAUAUUUGUCCACCUUUGGUUGUAUUUAUGCAUAUAAAGUAACAAUAUAACAGUAA